UGAUUGGCUUCAGCCACAUGCAACUCUCAACAAGAUCAACAAGAUAGUGAUGUGAGCAGUUGGAUAAACAAAAGAAAACCCUGGACUGACUUGAGGGCAGAAACACAAUGUUGUUUUGAACCACUACAGUCAAAGCUUACAGUAAGCGACAUCUUCUCAUUCGCUCAGCAUCACCAGCAGCAGCCAGAGUGUGUGUUGUGCGCAGGACGAGCUCCAGUGGUUAGAGUGUGCUGAUAGCCUGUUUGAUCACAGGAGUUCCACACUAAUUCCCGUACCAGCUCGGUUCCCACUCACAGCCUUGAUCUCGACCAGCCCAUCUGUUGCAAUGGAUGCCUUCUCCUCCCUCACCUCCUCCUCCUCGUGCCCCCACUUGUACCACCAUCCCAGUUACCCCGACAACACCACCAUAUCAAACGACACCGCUGCAGCCUCUCAGAUCAGUCAUGUGAUCUUGCGGCAUUACAACCACACGGGCCGCCUGCAGAACAGGACCGUCUCCAACUCCCAGAACCACAUCAGUGCCCCCAUGGCUGUCUUCCUCUUCGUCAGUAUUUUCAUCAUCCUGGAGAAUCUUCUGGUACUGGUGGCUGUCAUCUCCCGCAUCCGCCACAGCCGGCGCUGGGUCUACGUCUGCAUCGCCAACAUCACCCUCAGUGACCUCCUCACUGGCGCCGCCUACCUGGUCAACAUCUGCAUGUCUGGCAGCCAGACGUUUCGCCUCAGUCCUGCUCUGUGGCUCUUCAGGGAAGGGAUGCUGUUUGUGGCCCUGGCUGCAUCCAUAUUCAGUCUGUUGCUGAUUGCUGUGGAGCGUUACAUCGCCAUGAUGAAGCCACUGCACCAGAAGUCAGCCAAGACGAGCUACUAUAGGAUCUACGGCCUGGUGGCGCUCUGCUGGGUUUUCGCGCUGGUGAUUGGCUUCCUCCCCAUGCUGGGGUGGAACUGCGUGUGCAACCUGGACGAAUGCUCCACCCUCCUGCCUCUCUACUCCAAGUCCUACAUCUUUUUCUCUCUCAUCAUCUUCUUCAUCAUCCUCCUGGCUAUUGGCGUGCUCUAUGGUGCCAUCUACUGCCACGUACACAAGAGUACACAGCGGUGCCCUCAGCGCAAUCGCAAACGCUCUUUGGCUCUGCUUAAAACUGUGAUCAGCAUUGUGGGGGUCUUCAUGCUCUGCUGGGGGCCCCUGUUCCUUCUGCUACUGGUGGACUUCUUCUGUGUCUCCCGCCAGUGUACGCUGCUGUUCAGCGCUGACUUUUUCAUCUCCCUGGCUGUCCUCAACUCAGGCGUGAAUCCCAUCAUCUACGCGCUUGGCAGCAGUGAAAUGAAGCAGGCUAUCGCCCAGCUGCUGUGCUGCUGCUGCCUGAAGGCUGGCCUCUGUAACCCGGAAACAUUCACAUCCAAGGACACCAGCAGCACCUCAGAGAACAGGAGGGACAGUCUCAGAAAUAGUUUUAAUAAGGUCAGGAACCUGAGCGUGGCCUCUCCACCAUCAACUCCAAGCAAGCCUCGCAGGGCACCAAAAAAAUAUAGGCUGAGCUCCACCACCAGCUGCCUGUCAGUUUCAAGUGGUUAAACCACAAUGUGUUCCCCUCCCAUACAAACAAGACCUGUGUGCACUGAUACACAUCUAACGGUUUCCUCUGAGUUUUGGUUUGAAUGUUGAAUGCUGCCUGAAGGUUCUUGCACUCAUGAUAGCACGCUGUCAGAAAUCCUGUUAAAAAUAUGAAUGUAUUCUUAAGUAAGCAAUAAUAAGCAUUAGCAUGAGCAUUGUGUCGUGUAUUACCAGACGUUACUUUUUUCAAUGCAUUUGACACACUUUAUUGACCUGUUGUUGCACUGUACCAGUUGUUAUUACCUUAACCUGAAAAGUAUAUUUUUUAUAAAUAUGAAAGCAGCUUUUUUUUAAAUAAAAUCUACAUAAGAGUUGAUAUGGAAAUGUAUAAUGAGCAAAAGAGAAAAGUAUGUAUUUUUUGUAUUUCAUGUGUGACUUAGUGUGUAAGCCUGUCUGAUGCCUGUAGACUGUAUGAUGAGACUAUAAAUAAAGUUUACUUUGCU